AUGACUUCACUUACAGGAUUUCUCAUCAUUCUCAGUCUUCCAUUUAGACUUCUUUGGGUUGCCAUCAAAUACCCCUUUGACGGAGGUGCAAAGGGUAAAUACCACAAUAGUUUAGCUAAGGCUAUAAAAUUGACAAUUUGCAAAUUUGCUAUAUCAUUGUCAGUUCAAGAUAGUUCACUUUUAGCCCUCAUCAAUACGAACUUUGUGAUCAAUACAAUCGUCAAGACAUUCUACCCCAGUUUGACUAAAUUAAACAAUUACGGUAAACGGUAUAAUAAGCAGAGCAUUUGGCUUGUGGAAGCUGAAGACAGAUCCAAAUCUGAUCCCAUUAUCAUUUUCUGUCACGGUGGUGGAUACUUUCUUGAAACUCAACCUCAACAAAUUGAAUCAUUAUUGACAGUGUACUAUUUACUUGAUGAAGAGAAAAGAAGCAAGACAUCAAUAUUAGUGCUUGAAUAUGGUUUAGCUUGUCACGGACGACUCAUAGGUACUCAAGUGCACGAGCUAGCUGCGACAUAUAGCAAGUUGGUCUUGGAAGGAAAUGACAAUUUUGUUUUGAUGGGAGACUCUUGUGGUGGAAAUUUGGUGAUUGUCUUUUUGCAAUACUUGAAACACCAACAAAAAGUGCCUCAACUACCUUGGCCAAGGUCUUUAGUGUUGAUCUGUCCAUGGGUAAAGAUUGUACCUGAUCAAGUUCAACUUACGCCUGGACACUCGUACCAUGACAAUGAAAAGUAUGACAUGGUUCAGUCAAACUUUAUGCUUGACCCGGAACGACAAAAUGCCCUAUUUGGUGAUACAAAGCAUGCCGAUCUUUUCAUAUCGCCAGGGAAUGUUGAAUACAAAGUUAGCGACUGGAGUGACAUUCCGACUUUACACAAAAAAGGAUAUUCUACAUUUGUAAUUACAGGUGAACAUGAGGUGUUUCGCGAUGAUACGUUGGAGUGGGCCAAAUAUGCCUUAGGUUCUCCUUUGGAGCCAUCGAAACAGGAUUCAGGUGGUCAAUUCAACUCCAACAUACAUGAAUUCAAGUCUGAUGGUGAGAAGGGUGCAUAUGUCGAUGUGGUGAUUGAACCGUGGGGUAUACAUGAAUCUGUCAUAUUUUUCGAGCAUGCUGCUAUUGGUGAAUUAAAAAAGUUUCCACAUUUACAAUUGAAGGAUUUGGACCCAGAGGAGUAUUUUGGUAUUGUCAGGAUUACCGAAUACUUGAAUAAGACAUUGGUGGUGAAAGAUGACAAAGAAGGAGAGAAGUUUUGA